AUGAGGUCAACACUGGGUGGGAAGUUGGCUGAAUCAACCAUGACCAUGUGCACACACAUGCGAAGACUGAGAGUGCCCCAGAAGUUUCAAGAGGCUUGCAGUACCCUCAGUGACUGGCAAGUUGAAAAGCUGGAAGGGUUGAGGGCAGCAUUUGGUGUGGACAUAGAUAAAGGGCCAAAUAUGAAAAGUGGUGCUUCAGGGCCAAAGGCAAAGAAGGAAGAAGAAUCAAGAGAAGAUGAGGAAGGAAGCUGUGAGACCCAAGAUUUGUUGGAUUUGGAAGUCCCCAGAACUCCUGGAAAGGAUGGCCCCAGCUUGUUGGAUGCUGCCCUGCAGGUGUCACCUGUGCCUGCCAGGAAGCAGAACCUCAAAGCUGCCAUGGGCUUGAAGAAGCCUGCUGCAGCUGGGAGCAAGAAGCCUGCAGGCAAGAUUUUGAAGGAGAUCAACAAGAAGAGUAAGAUAGCAAAGGCAAAGGUGAACAAGGACAAGGUCGACUACAAGGAAGCUGAGAUGAGGCUCAUGCCUUAUAGGAAGACAACUGCUGUGGCAGUGGUGGAAAAGGGUGUUGGGCAGCUUUUCCAGGUGGUGACUUUCAAGAAUGUCGAGAAGAACAGCAAGGCUGCAAGGAAGCUCAUGGAGAUGCUGAAGAAGGGUAGCUCCUUAGCUGAUGUUUUGGCAGCCAAGGCUAGUCAGGCCACCCAGCCUCAGGCCACUCAGGCCACCCAGCCUCAGGCUGCCCAGCUUCAGGCCACCCAGCAGGCUGCCCAGCCUGCCCAGCCUGCACAGGCUGCUGCCACUGAGCCAGGAAAAGGAAAAGGAGGCAAGAAGGAAGGCAGCACAGCAGAGGAGGAAGGAAGCAAGAAGAAGGUCAGCUUAGAAGGGAAGGGCAAGGGAAAAGAAGGAGAGAAAAGGGCAAAGCUGGGAGGUAGCCCAGCCAGCUCAACUGGCAGUGGCAGUAUGGCUGGAAAACUGCAGGACUUCAACCCCAGCCAGGGUGGGCUGCAGAGCAAGGGCUACAGAGAGAUGCUGAGGCAGCUCCACCACCAGAAGGCACCCGAGAUGGCCUGGAAUGAAUUCCAGGAUCGGCUGGGAAUGGCAGCUAGCGAGAGGAUGGAGUUGGGAUGGCUGAAGGAGGACAGCCUGAGAGUACACCUGAGGAAGGCCUACCACAAGUAUGUGGAGGAGAAGCAGGGGAAGGGAAUGGCCUUUGCCUUUGACACCUUCCUGGAGGAGAUGAUCGACUACAUGGACAACCAGGUCCAGGAAGAAGAUGAAGCCAUGGGAACAGGACCCAGAGGAUACUUGGUAUGGGUUCCAGAGGAAGACAGUGAGGAGGAGAGCAAGGAAGCUGAGAAGGUGGCUGAGGAGCUCAUGCCCAAUGUGCCUGAGUAUAAAGAUGGGAGCCUGGACCCAUCUUUUUGGGAAGAGCACUGGAACCUCUUCAAGCAGUGUGGUGAGUGCAAGGAGUACACCUAUGUGAACAAGAACCACAUGCUGAGAGCGCCAGGAUGCAGAGGCUGCAUGAAAGCAGAAUGCACUGGGAACAGAAAAAAUGGCAAGAAGAACCUGCUCAAGCUCGUGGCGAAGUACCAUGGCGAGUCAUGGGUGAUGCAGUACUGCAAGUAG